CUUUUAUCAUUAUUCUCUACAUGGUUCACACUCCAUACAAAGAGUAAGCACGUCUUCGGUCUUGCUUCAUUUUCAUUUGUGUUUACUCUAGAGUCGUUUAAUUUGCACUCAACUCGUUGUACAAAAUGUCCGGUAAAGAAGAACCUCCCAAAAGGCUUCCGGCAGUGCCGGAGUCUGUGCUCAAGAGGCGCAAAGCACGUACGGCUUUCAAACUCAAGCAAUUGAAGAAAGCUAUCGAAGAGCGUAAAGAGCGUGUUAAAAAGACCAAGAAAUAUUUUAAACGUGCUGAAGCUUAUGUUAAGGAAUUCCGUAUGAAAGAAAGAGAUGAAAUACGUUUAGCUAGGAAUGCAAAGAAAGCUGGAGAUUUUUACAUUCCUCCUGAACCAAAAUUGGCAUUUAUUAUGCGUAUUCGUGGUGUGAACCAAGUUGCACCUAAAGUUAAAAAAGUAUUACAAUUGUUCAGAUUACGCCAGAUUAACAAUGGAAUCUUCAUCAAGCUAAAUAAAGCUACAUUGAAUAUGUUAAGAAUUUGUGAGCCAUAUGUGACUUGGGGAUAUCCAAACUUAAAGAGUGUACGUGAACUUGUAUACAAACGUGGAUUUGCCAAAUUGAACGGUCAGCGUAUUCCAAUCACCAACAAUGAGAUGAUUGAAAAAAAAUUGGGCAAAUAUGGUAUCAUUUGUACUGAAGAUUUGGUUCAUUGUAUUUACAGAGCUGAUCGUCGUUUUAAAUAUGCAAUGAAUUUCCUUUGGCCUUUUAAAUUAAACACUCCAACCGGUGGCUGGCGUAAGAAGACUAACCAUUAUGUUGAAGGUGGAGAUUUUGGAAACCGCGAAGACACCAUUAACAAACUGUUAAGAAAAAUGGUUUAAUUAAAUAAAUGUUAUAUACAAAA